AUGUGGGACGUUGAGUAUCACACCACCCACAGCACCGAUGGCAACGACCAUAGCUGCUGGACCUGCACCCCAAGUGAACCGGAAGACCCGAAGAAUUUCCCGCUCACAAUAUCCCUUGCCGCAGUGGUGAUACCUGUGGAGUAUCAGUGGCCACCAGUGGGUGGUGUGCACCCGCCUCCAGAUCCACGGCCAUCUGUACUGGUUGACUAUGCGAACGUGCUUCCACUUGAAGUGAUCCGCGACAUCUUUCUCACUUUUGAAGGGAGCAUAGGAUUCUAUUUACUCAUCAACGGCCUACUUCAGAUUAUUGUUCCGGAGACGUUCGACCGGAAGUGGGCGUCAUCACAUCUUCCACAUAAAUUUGGAGGCCUGAAGAUAUCGUACAUCAAUCAGACCUUGGAGCCCACAGCCACGUUAUCCCCAAGCAAAACAAAGACAGUGAAAACGCAAGGGUCGCACGCAACUCAAAACUCUAGUAGAGGCAGCAUCUUCCGGCCAUCGCGAACGUCGAUUGCAUCUUCAUCACAGCCCCUUUGCAUCAAUGACUUCAUCGAGGCGAAAUCCAAAUCCUCGCACAAGAAAGAGAGGUUCUCAGGGAGAAUUGGUCUGAAAGUUGCGAGAGGCGGCGACAGCGAACCAUACUUGAUCAUGUCAACGCAUGUGAUCACCGAGGCGAUACUAGCGAAGUCACAAUUAUCGGAAUUCUUGGGGCGGCGUGAUCGUUUCGAGAAGCUUGAUGAUGAAUGGAACGACCACGUUGAGAUCUGGGCUGGCAAUGAGAGAAUUGGUACGAUCCACCAGACUUUUGACCAGGAAGCAGAGACUUACCCCAACGGCUUCAAACAUGACAUGACCUUGAUCAAGCCCAUCAAUCCCUCUAGUAUUAACGAUAUCACCACCCCGAUUCAAGACCUGGGCUGGCUUUCGCGCUCCAGCUGGCACGCUUUGCGCCAGCAGUCGUCAUCCGUCAAACUUCUGCCAUUAACAGACUCGCAUCGUCCUGCUAAGACGCUCAAGUGCUCUACGCCGUCGCAGGUUCUCGUGGUUGGCGAGGGCAUAUUCCUCAAUCAGAAGGCUGCACAGCCUACACGCGACCAAGACAUUUCGACCUGGAAGGAUCUCGUAUCUCGCGCAGUGUUGUACAGAGUGUUUCCUGACUUUGAUCCGCCAACUGGGUAUAGUGGAAUUGCUCUGUAUGCGCAGGGUAUGAGAGAGGAUGGGACAGAAGGACCAGGUGUGGUGGGGUUUCAAAGCUUUGUGCAGAGGAGCGGACAUGUGCAGAACUUCGAGAUGGAUGGAGGUGCGUUAGAUAAGAGGUUGAAGCUGGGACGGGUGGCAUUCUAUGGCGCAUUUGAAGUACCGGAUGAGGUGAAGAGAGAUUAUCGAAUUCUAUGA